CGGAUUGUGUACUAGUUGUUUGAUCAUGGAUGGUAACAAAGAUGAAGCUUUGAGAUGUGUUGGAAUUGCGGAGGAGGCAAUUGCAGCCGGUAACAAAGCGCGUGCUACCAAGUUUAUCAAAAUAGCCCAACGCCUUAAUCAGAAUUUGCAAGUUAAUGAGCUCUUGGCUGCCUGCGAGAGGCUCGAUUCGGGGUCUUCGGCAUCUUCCACUCAGGAAGAGGGUGUUGGUGAGACUAGUAAGGAGGUUGGGAAGGAGAAAUUGGGGCAGGGGUUGAAUGGGGAGAGGAUUUAUACUGAAGAGCAUGUUCAGUUGAUUAGGCAGGUGAAGAGGAAUAAAGAUUAUUAUGCUAUUCUCGGUGUGGAGAAGACUUGCUCGGUUGAGGAGAUUAGGAAGGCUUAUAGGAAGUUGUCGUUGAAAGUUCAUCCUGACAAGAACAAGGCUCCUGGUUCGGAAGAGGCAUUUAAGAUUGUGAGCAAGGCUUUUAAGUGUUUGAGUGAUGUGAAUUCGAGGAGGCAGUAUGAUGAGACUGGAUUGGUUGAGGAGUUUGAGUACAACCAGCAGCACGAUGUGAGGAGGAGGCGGAGGAGGAGAACUGGGAAUGACAUGUUUGAUGAUGAUUUUGACCCCGAUGAGAUAUUCAGGGCAUUCUUUGGUCAGUCAGACAUGUUUAGGACAGGUCAAGUUUACAGGACUAGAGGAACUGGUGGCCUUCAUAGGGAGGAGGUUCAGCAUGGGGGACUCAACAUUAUGCUUCUUAUUCAAAUAUUACCUUUCUUGGUAAUUUUAUUGCUUGCAUAUCUGCCCUUCACAGAGCCCGAAUAUGCUUUGCAUAAGAAUUUCAACUACCAGAUUCCCAAGACAACUGAGAGACAUGGAGUGGAGUUUUUUGUUAAAUCACCAAUAUUUGAUGAGAGUUAUCCUCUUGGAAGUUCCGCUCGAGCUAAAAUUGAGGACAGCGUCAUCAAGGAUUACAAAAAUGUGCUUGUACACUACUGUCGUGUUGAGCUUCAGAGGCGUCACUGGAAUAAGAAAAUGUCUACUCCUCACUGCGAUAAGUUAAACGCCCUUGAAGUAGCUUGAAGGCUAUGUGGCUGAAUUGAUGUAGCUUUAAUUCCACAACAAUGUUAAGCCUGGACUCAGAAGGUGCAUCAGGUUCAUAUUGUAAAUUCUGGGGCUGUAUUCUUGGAAGUGACCAAGCUUGCUCUUCUCCAAUAUGACUUUUGGAGUUUUGGCCAUGGAGCUAUUUUCAAAUGUCGUUCAGGAUGGUGGUAAUGAGGGUUUUCAGCACCCUAAUGACAUUGCACUUGGUUAGAAACAAUAUUAUAUACAGCUUUUGCAAUUACCCGGGAGGUAAAUGCUAGUUACAGAAUAGUAAUGACAGUUGAGCAGUAGGUUUGUGAUAAUGAGUAUUUACUUUUCCCUCGGAAACAGUAAAUUUCCUUUACAUUCUUUUAAUACACUAUGCAGGUGAUGUUACCAUUUUGUUUCA